UCGCUCUCUGAUACGAACCGGCUCGCUACUGUGCUCGGCGGAGGAAGGUCGGCCAUGUCGAGACGUGGUGGAGCAGUCGAAGCAGUCUGCUGGCUGGCUCUGCGCAACGACGACGCGACUUGCUCGCAUCGCUGACGUCAAAACCCCGAGGCUGAUGAGCUUUGCCAAUGCGCCUGUCAGCAAGGCGGGCAUCUACACGCUCGGCAUUGGCACUUUUCUAGCAGGUGCGUUCAAGAAGAAGCACUACUUGCAUCUGCCCCUCCAUCCUCACCUCGUCAGAGACCACCAGUGGUGGCGCUUUGUCGUGCAUGAGCUCGCUUUCGCCAAUUCGGUCGAGUUGUUUGUCGGGGUUCUGCUGCUCUGGCAGGCUGCAAUAGUCGUAGAGAGAGCGACGGGAAGUGCCAAGUUCGCUUCCUACUUACUCGCCGCAUGGGCCAUAGCUUCGCUCGUCAACCUCUUCGCGUUGCUCAUCCUUGCAAGACCGUUCGAACUUCAAGCUCUACCCGCCGGACCGUUUGACUUGCUCUUUGCAAGCAUCUAUCAGUACUGGAAGAUUAUUCCUCCGCUCUAUCGCUUCUCUCUCUUCGGUCUCCAGCUGACUGACAAGUCCUUUGCCUACUUGCUCGCCGUCCAGCUCGUCAGUUGUCAGCCGCCAACGUCCUUCGUGCCAUCUAUCGCAGGUCUUGUUGCGGGCGCAGUAGCCACGAGCUUCGUCCAGAGGCCUUUCUUGCCGAGUAUCGUCCUCCGACUGGCCGUUAGAUUCAUCAUUCCUCUGCUCGGCUCGAGCCACGGCGGCCUGCCACCCACGCGAGCUCUCAUCGUCCCCGCGCCAUCGGACGUACGGACCGCUCGAGCAUCUGGAACAUCACAAGCUGCAACGACUGAACAAGCUCGUGGUUCAGUCCGAAAUAUCCUGGACACAUUCGCGAGCGCUCGAGCAGAUCCUUCGAGCUCACCAAUGAACGAGGAUCAUGUGCAAUCUUUGCUUGCAAUGUUCCCCGCCAGGACGGAUACAGAAGUCCGUGACACGCUCAGGCAGACGAACAACAACCUGGAAAGGGCAGUCGAGAUACUACUCGCGCGGGACGACAGUUGAAGAGCGCACAAGUGCAUUCAAUCAUUGAACAGAUGCCAGUGCGACUCGACAAACUUGAGCAUAUAGCCAUCCACGCUGCCCGCUAGC